AUGUCCAAAUCGAAGAUUGAUGACCUUGGAUUUCUGGAACUAUCACCAGGGACUGAUCCUGUCGUCGAUAUUGUCGCCAUUCAUGGUCUAGAUGGUCACAGAGAAGAGACAUGGACAACAGACGACGGGAUCCUAUGGCUACGGGAUCUCUUGCCUUCCAACUUGCCCAACGCACGAAUCCUCAGUUAUGGUUACGACGCCGAUACACAGAGUAAAGAAUGCGUAUCCACUCAAACAAUGCGUCGUCAUGCCGAAGGACUGGCUCAAGCUCUUUCAAGGCAACGCACGCACGCACCUCGACGUCCUAUAAUCUUCGUUGCGCACAAUAUAGGAGGUAUCGUCCUCAAAUGGGCGCUCGUGAUCUGUCACAAUCAGAACCCGGAGUCAAAGUGCGAUCUACGAGACAUCUUGGUUUCUACUCAUGCGAUCCUUUUCUUCGGAACUCCCCACUCUGGCCUCGAGGGCACAACUCUCCUGACCAUGAUCAACCGCUUCGCAUCAAUGUAUACGAAAACGACAAAUGUUCUCCUCAAAGAUCUUGAGAAUCACUCGUCUGAACUCGAAAACGUCCAGAGUCUGUAUGUCGCUGCGAGCGAGAAGUUCAACAGUAUAUUCUUCUGUGAAGCAUACAAGACACCUGCAGAGAGAAAGAGGAGGAAGUUGAAUGUUCCUCAUCACGCGGCGGUCAUCUCUGGUGAUCGAAACGCCACGACUAUCGUCCUGCAUGCCAGCCACGAAGAUCUGGUCAGGUUCCAUGCAGCAGAUAGCGACAAUUAUCGCACCGUUCUUCAUCAUCUCAAAGACUACUCCAGCAGCGCAACCUGCUGUGGUGAGAAGUGGACAAGAGAAGACACCUGUCGUAGUGCCGCAAGAGGAGAGUCGGCUGCACGGGAAGUAUUGCGACCGAAGCUGCUCCCACCAUUAUCGAUAAGCUACAUCGAGCGACCAAAACUUCAGUCCCUUAUCACACAGAAACUUCUUCACCAUGGCAAUGUGUGGCGCCAACCGCGAUGCAUUCUUCAUGGUCUUGGAGGCUCUGGGAAAACUCAACUUGCCACGAGAUGGAUCAGGGAGAAUAGGAGCAGUUUCACUCAGGUAAUUGUCGUCGACGCAUCCAGUCAGGCCCAGCUAGAAGUGGACUUGGAGCGGUCAAUUCGCUCCUUGGGCACUGAAUACCACAGUAUGACAUGGAAGGACGCAGUAUCGUACCUGGAUAGCAAGGAGGAAAGAUGGCUGCUAUUUAUCGACAACGCAGAUUCACCUGGGCUCAAUCUCCAUUCAUACCUCCCAAGUUCUACUCAUGGAGCAAUCAUCAUCACGACACGGAAUAGAGGCUGCAUUGGCCACGCUCCCAACGGCGCGAUUCCUGUCGGCGAGCUGGAGGAGAAUGAGGCCAUAAACCUCCUUCAUACAGUCUCCAAUAUCCCACGUACAUCUGGAAUCAAGUCUGUGGAGAUUCGUCCGGAUACAUACCUCGAAAGUUUCCGCAAGCAUAGAAAGCGAUUGAUGAGCAAGGCUCCGGGUGAGGGAACACAUUAUCCGUCCUCGACAUACACUGCGUUCGACCUGUCUUUUCGCCGUCUACCGACUAAAACACAGGAUUUUAUGAGAAUAUGCGCAUUUCUUCACCACUCCCUCAUUCCAUACGCGCUAUUCCAGCAAUCGACCGAGUCAAAAUUUAUCACACCCGUGUUCAGGGCGAGCUGGGCCCCACCAGAGAGUGAUAAAGUAUUUAUUACAAAGCUAGAAGGAAUUUUUGGGUUGGAAUGGGAUGAGAUUACGUUCCAAGAUACUGUAGAUUCGGCUUUGCACGCGUCUCUGAUCAGUGUUUCAACUGACGGGCUAUUCUACACUGUUCACCCACUCCUUCAAACAUAUAUCAAGGAUGGACUGAACGAAGAAGAGAAUUUUACCUAUAUACGUAUGACAGCACAGCUAUUGCUUGGCGCAACCCAGCCAUUUGAGAGUAGCAAUGGACACCGAUGGCAACUCCUCGCGCAUGUCAACAGCAUCCCUCGAUCUGUUCAGUCGCAGCACGUCGCUAGCGCAUUGGCUUUCGACAAAUUCUAUCAGUCUUUGGCAGAUUGGAAUGCAUGCCAAGAUUUAUUGGAAGUUGCUCUUCCGAAUGUUAUGGCCGCUCUUGGCCAAAGGCAUAAAGACUCACUAUGGCUGAUGUCUCUUCUCGCGGGGACAUUACGGGUGCUUAGUCAACUGGAAAAGGCAGAAACAAUGCAGCGAGAAAUACUUUCUCUGCACCUAGACAUCCUUGGGCCACGAAAUUUAGACACGGUCACUGCAAUGCACGAACUUGCAGCCACACUGGAUGAACGUGGUCAGUUGGAGGAAGCAGAAACGAUUCAGCGAGAGGUACUCGCUCUGCGGCUAGACAUCCUCGGACGACGGCACCUCGACACGGUCGACGCAAUGCACAACCUUGCAAUCACUCUGCAUGAACGUGGUCAAUUGGAGGAAGCGGAAACGAUUCAGCGAGAGGUACUCGCUCUGCGGCUAGACAUCCUCGGACGACGGCACCUAGACACGGUGCGGGCAAUGGACAACCUUGCAAUCACUCUGCAUGGACGUGGUCAGUUGGAGGAAGCGGAAACGAUGAAGCGAGAGGUACUCGCUCUGCGGCUAGACAUCCUCGGACGACGGCACCUCGACACGGUCGACGCAAUGGACAACCUUGCAAUCACUCUGCAUGGACGUGGUCAGUUGGAGGAAGCGGAAACGAUUCAGCGAGAGGUACUCGCUCUGCGGCUAGACAUCCUCGGACGACGGCACCUAGACACGGUCCGGGCAAUGGACAACCUUGCAAUCACUCUGCAUGGACGUGGUCAGUUGGAGGAAGCGGAAACGAUUCAGCGAGAGGUACUCGCUCUGCGGCUAGACAUCCUCGGACGACGGCACCUAGACACGGUCCGGGCAAUGCACAACCUUGCAGUCACUCUGCAUGGACGUGGUCAGUUGGAGGAAGCGGAAACGAUUCAGCGAGAGGUACUCGCUCUGCGGCUAGACAUCCUCGGACGACGGCACCUCGACACGGUCUGGGCAAUGGACAACCUUGCAGUCACUCUGCAUGGACGUGGUCAGUUGGAGGAAGCGGAAACGAUUCAGCGAGAGGUACUCGCUCUGCGGCUAGACAUCCUCGGACGACGGCACCUAGACACGGUCCGGGCAAUGGACAACCUUGCAAUCACUCUACAUGGACGUGGUCAGUUGGAGGAAGCGGAAACGAUGCAAUGA